CGCCCGGCCUCGGCUGCCCGGGCCGCGCCGCCCCUCGCCUCCGUCCCGGGCAGAGCCGCAGGCAGCCGCUUCCCGCUGCGUCGGUCCUGGACUGCAGCUUGCUGGCGGCCGGGGCAACAAGCAGCGGCAUCUUGGAGCGUCUUCUUUCCCGAGUGCCCCUUCAUCCCUCCCAGCCCGCUGCUUUCUCGUACCUGCAGCCUUUCUUUCUACCUCCACUCCUACCUUAUUUCUGCUUGUCUCCCCCUUCUCUUACCAUUUUCUGGUUUUAAGGGUUUUUUUAAUUUCCUUUCUUUUUUCUUCCCCAUCCUGUUCCCAUUUGGACCAUCUUCGUUUAGUGCCUCUUAAUUUCUUGAUUUCUUUUGAUUUUUUUUCCCCUUGGACUUUGCCUUGUCAUGUCAAGAUGGAAGUCAGGCAUGACUGGCUCUCCUCAUCCCCCCAUGAGGGCUUCGAGCAGAUGAGGCUGAAGAGCAGACCCAGGGAGCCUUCCCCAAGCCUCACCAGAGUAGGUGCGAACUUCUACAGCACUGUCAAGCAGCAGGACUACAGUGCCAGUGUCUGGCUGAGGAGGAAAGACAAACUGGAGCACUCCCAGCAAAGAUGCAUUGUGAUCUUUGCUCUGGUGUGCUGCUUUGCAAUUCUGGUUGCACUGAUAUUUUCGGCAGUGGAUAUUAUGGGAGAAGAUGAGGAUGGACUCUCAGAAAAGAACUGUCAAAAUAACUGUCGGGUUGCUCUUGUGGAAAAUAUUCCUGAAGGGAUCAACUAUUCAGACAGUGCACCAUCCCAUUUGUCUCUUUUCCAAGGCUGGAUGAAUUUGCUUAAUAUGGCUGAAAAGUCUGUUGACAUAGUAUCUUCCCAGUGGGACCUCAAUCACAGUCAUCCAUCAGCAUGCCAGGGUCAGCGUCUUUUUGAAAAAUUGCUCGAACUGGCGUCCCGAAAUAUUGAGAUAAAACUAGUGAGUGAUAAACUGCCUGUGGAAUCAAAGGUAUUAAACGACUUGAAAACAAAGGGUGCUGAAGUGUUGUAUAUGAACAUGUCAGCAUAUAAUGAAGGUCGGCUUCAGUCAUCAUUCUGGAUUGUUGACAAACAGCAUGUAUACAUUGGAAGUGCCAGUCUAGACUGGAGAUCGUUGGGACAGAUGAAGGAGCUUGGCGUCAUCGUAUACAACUGUAGCUGCCUGGUCCUGGAUUUGCAAAGGAUAUUUGCCCUGUAUAGCUCAUUAAGGUACAAGAAUAAAAUACCUCCGAGUUGGUCUAAGAGACUCUAUGGAGUGUAUGAUACUCAAAAUAAACUGACACUGCAGCUGAAUGAGACAAAAUCCGAAGCUUUUGUGUCGAACUCACCUAAACUCUUCUGCCCCAAGGACAGAGUCCUGGAUAUUGAAGCUAUCUACAGUGUUAUUGAUGAUGCCAAACAGUUUGUGUACAUUGCUGUCAUGGACUACUUGCCCAUUGUUAUCGACACCAAUGCUAAACGGUACUGGCCAUAUUUAGAUGGGAAGAUAAGAGAAGCAUUAGUUUUACGAAAUAUUAAAGUACGACUUCUCAUAAGUUUCUCAAGAGACACAGAUCCCCUUACUUUUAACUUUGUUUCAUCUCUGAAAGCUAUUUGCACGGAAGUUCCAAGCUGUAGUUUGAAAGUUAAAUUCUUUGACCUUGAGGAAGAGAGUGCCUGCUUUCUUAAAGAACAGAAGAACACUUCACUUCCCAAACUGAAUCGUAACAAAUACAUGGUGACCGACGGAGCUGCAUAUAUUGGUAAUUUUGAUUGGGUAGGAAAUGCUUUUACGCAGAAUGCUGGAGCUGGCCUUGUUAUCAACCAAGCAGACGCGGGGAACAGCACAAGCAUCAUUAAGCAACUCAAGGCUGUUUUUGAAAGGGACUGGUAUUCACAUUAUGCCAAAAGUUUACAACCAACAAAAAUCCCAAACUGCUUUAACCACAAACUCAAUAAAGGAACUUCAAAUAAGACUGCCAUGAGCAAUGUGAAUUAGAAAGACUAUUUUACCAUUUAGUAUGGCAAUGAAGAAUCAUGUUGGGGUGUAGCCUUCUUUCAUAUUUACAGACAAAAGACUUAAAGAAAAAAAGAAAAAAAAAGUUUGGUUUGGGGGGGAUGUUUUUAGGAAAAAGCACACUUAUAUUAAAUCUGUCUAACCUAUAUUCUCUAUAUGAAUUAUUUAAGACUUUCAAACUUAUUACUUCUAACACUGAAUGUCAUUUCCACUUCCAUGUGAAUUUUAAUGUUCCACAUUUGAAUUUAUCAGCAUGUGUCAAUGUUUCUGUUUUAGGACUUUCCCCAAUUGCCAACCUGGUUAGAACAAACCUUGAGGCAAAAUGAAGAUUCAAGCUAUGAAAUGGCAUUCUAAGAUCAGUUAUUAUUGACAUACAAAUAGAUGGUAAAUACACCUGCAUGGACAGAAAAGUGAUGCCUUCAUUUCAACCACAGUUUUAGUUGGUGUCAGAAGUGUGCCUCUACAAUCACAACUAAGUUGCACCAAGAAGCAAGUGUUCCAUAAAAGUGUGAAUUUGCCCUUUGAAGAAAUAGACAUAAAUGUUUGGCAACAGAUUUUUCUCCAGUCAGAGAUGUAAUAACAUAGUUUCAUAAUAAAAAUAAGUUUCAUAAUAAAAAUGUUUCACUAUUUUGCCUCUGCUUCCAUUGAAGAAACACAGCCAUGAAAGAGAACUGCAUUCUGCGUUUUGUUAAAUAUUCACAGAACCUUUUCCACAGUGAUGGCUUUUCAUCUCCUGAAGGUGCACUUCAAAAGCAGAGGGCAAAAAGAGAAAGAAACCCAACCACAUUCCAAUGUAUUAGUUUAAUCUUAAAAAGAAAUUAUAAACCCACCUUGACUUUCAAAACAUAUCUUAUAAGGUAAAUAAAUUCAAAAUUAUUUUACAGUGAGCACAGCUUAGGAAAUUUUAAUAAAUUAACAGCUAGGUACCCCACAAGACUAAUUAUGACCCCCCCAAAGGCACACUUUUGACGAAGAAUCUUUGUUUAUUUUGCAAUUGCAAAGAUUUACAUCAUCUUACUGAAAAUAAUGAUAAAUCAAAAAACUUUUAAGAUUGCCAACUUUUACAGAAACUGUUUUGCACAGCUCCAAUAGUCAAUAACAUUUUCUGAUAUUCAGAUAAACACAUGCUAUGUAUUAGUCUCACACAAAAGCAUAUAAUCUGACAUACUGAAAAGAAACACGUAUUUAAAAAGAAAAAGGUUUCCUGAGUUGUUAUGAGGAAAGAUCUUUGUGAGGAGAAAUUUCUGGAUUUUCUUCCUUCUGUAUUUAAUUUAGAGUAUGUAUAGUAUAUAUGGGAGAAAGAUUAUCAGUACUUACUUGCUGUGGAGAUUUUGGUUUUUCUAAGAAUAAGUAUUAGUCCAGAUUAAUUUCUGGUGAAAAUUUUAGCUGAGUUAUACCACAAAUAACUUCAGUGUUUUGAGCCAAAAACCCACAAAAUGAACAAACAAAAAGCCACAACAUUUUUAAAAGCUGCUUGAGAUAGUUGUACAGUUUCUGAGGUCCCCAAGGAUCACCCCAUGGGUAAUCUUAAAGUUUGAGAUAAUACCAUGUCCUUAUAUAAAAUACAAAAUAAUUCAUGCAAACACAAAAAAAUCCCCAAAACCCUGUCUGGAGUUGUUAACUGUAGCACCUAAUGGCAAUAAUAUACAGUAAUCAAUCAAUGUAGGGGUUUUUUUCCCUGCUUCCAUUAUGGAUACUGCAAACAUGUUAAGUUUUUUAAAUGACAUCUUGUAUAAAUAAUGGAGGAUAUCUGAGUAGGACACAAAUUUAUCAGACCAUAAAGCUAAGCUGUUUACAAAGCAGGAUUUAUUGAUGAAAUGGGACUGACAGUUGACUGAUUUAGUAUAACAGAUGAAUGGUAAAACAGUUUUACUGGACAGAUCCUAGGAAAAUGCAGAUCAUGAAUAGUAACAAGAUAUGUUAGUUUGCAAAUAUUUCCUUAUUGGCUAGAUAAACAGAUUCUUGGUUUUUAAUGACCCCCCCCUCAAAGAACAGAUACAUAGAAGUAUUUUUAAAAGUGGCAGUAUAUUUUGGUUUUAUGAAUGGAAGAAUUUGGGUGGUUUUGAACAACUUGCAAUGUGCAAUACUGUCCAGCCAACCUAUAAAUGGAAUGGCAGACUCAAAUUUCACUUGGUAUAAAGUAUGGAUCAAUACUGUAAUAACUGUUUAGAAUGGCAUCAGCUCCAAAGUAGUACAUAAGGUCUUGAUCUAUUACAUUAGCCAAGAGACAAAGUGCAUCCUUGGACUUCAGCAAAUAGGAAAUUUAAAAUACCAGAUUAUUUUUUGAAACUGUCUAAGGGGAUUAUUGCCAAUUAUUUGGCCUGGGCCAGUGCUGUUACUGUUUAACUAGAUUUGCUAAAACAGCCUCAGUUUUGGCUUCAGAUCCUUCUACCACUGUAAUAAAUUGGAAGCAAAUCCAUUACAGUGAUUUCACACUAGUUUAGAAGGGAUCAGAAUCUAAACUAGUUUCCUCCUGCUUCCAAUCUCCUGGGUAUCACCACUGCACAGGCUAUUUCCUAAUUUAACAGCGAUUUGCAUUCAGGGGUUUCUCACAGACCUCACAGGCAUAACCCAAAAGAUGCACUUUCUCUAAGCCCUUCUUACUGGCGUUGGUAACUCUGUCAUAUUAAAGGCAAUUUCCUAAACUGAACAGUUUUAUUCUUAAAGAAUAUAGAUUGUAAUUGUUGUUUGCUGCAAACAUUUACUAGUGCCUUAUUCAUACAAGAUUUUGUUUAACUGUUCCUCACAUGAAAUCCUGCUAAAGAUCCUGUAUCUAAUAGUGAGGCAUAGAGCAAACUUCCUAAGAAGACAUUGUGAUGUUUACAGUUUAGUACCUAAAACUAGAGUCACAAAAAGACAAAAACUGACUGAGAUGUGUUGGGCCAAACCACAAGCACAUCUAAACUGGAGCAUUUUUAUCCAAUCACAGUUCAAGAUCUACAUUUCACAAUUUACUCUUGCCUUCAUUAUCAAAUAAUCUACAACACAGUUAAAUUAUUCUGUCCUGCCAAGGUAUAAAAUCUGAAUUCCCCUAACAUCUGGCUGCUAUCAAAACCAUAAUCACAGAAAUUCCUGUAAGCAGAGGUUGAAGUCCAAAUAUCACACACAGUGGCUACUUUCCUGAUCUUGCAUAUUAAUUCUCAAGUUGUUUUGGGCCUGCUACUUUUUCUGCCUGAAGCAUGAACUAGUAUCCACAACUAUUCUCACCUCUUCUUUGAAGACCAGAAAGGCAUGGAUUAUGUUCUACAGCACAAUAGCUAUAGCUGUACCCUAACAGGAACAGAUAUAGAUUUUUCCCAAUACAGGGCCAGGUGUUCCUCCCAGUAAAUCCAGGCUGUGCUGGUGGUUCAGAAGAGAGCUUGAGAAAUAAGUAGAAAAGCCUCCAAAUUUUUAUUUGCUAGAUUACCAGCAACCUAAAUUCUACUACUUUGUUGAGAUUUGCGCACACAAAAAACUGAACAAAUAAAUUCUGUUACCUGCCAGUUAAGCCUAAUCUAAGGAAAAAAAACCAGAAAAUUUAUAGGGUUUUUUGUAACUUUAGUGUGUACUUACUGGAAAGAGUGUAUGCACUCUCAUCAAGAUGGUAAAGACAUCAGAUGGCUAUUCCAGUUCUUCAAUCUGAAGUUCUAAAUAUCUCGGUCUCUGAUAAUUAUAUACUUGACUCCUGAGAAUGGCCUUGUAGAGUGCACUAAGUUAUCUUAAAACCUUUCUGGUCUUCGAAAUUAACUCUUCAUUUUAAUACAAAUAUAUUGACUAAAUGUUUAGUAUGUUUCCAGAUGGUAAUUUCUGGUGCUGUGUUUUUCUUCCACUCUUUCUCUAUCUACAGCUAUUAUAUAUUCAUGGUUUUUCAUCAUCAUUAUUCCAAUGCAAUCUAUGUAAAGAAAACAGAAUGAGUCCUUGGUGUGCUUAAAAUUCACAAUGAUGCCUCCCAAGUUGAAGGUACCAGUGAACAUGCUCCACUUCUAACACUGCAAAGUAUAGCAGCUCAACUGAUACUGUAGGAGAUUGCUUUUCUUAGCUGUUUUUCACUUUAAUUACCGCUGGAUGUUAUUUAUGAAUUUCUCAGUAUUGAAUCAGGUUGCUCUUGGAUCAUCACUUUGCACAAAUGCCUUAGAAGCUUGCCAAACUAGCAUGUAAAAGAGACCUCAUUCAAAAUAGUUUAGACAAGAAAAGAACUCAUAUGCUUUACGCUCUGAAGGGUGCUGAAGUCAAUGGACAAACUCCAGUCCUAUAAAAUAAAGUGGAGCUCUCUAUUGUACCUCCUAUUUAGAUUAACCUUGCAUAGGCUUCCAAAAAAAGUCUGUGAGAAUUGUUUGAACAACCUUGCAAUCAGGAAUUUACAAAGAAUCCGAAUGAGGAAUCCAGCUGUACUGAGUGGUUCAACACAGUAACUUAAACUGGGUUUUCAUGAAAACACAUUUAUAUUCCGUAUCCAUGUGAUACAGCUGCAUUAACAUGCUAAUGUCAGGUUUUUCCUACAGUUCAAAAACAUGUAGGACAAAAAUCAAGCUACUGCAGCCUAUUUCUGAAAACACUAUUAAAAAUAGAUUUUUAAGACCAUAAUUAAAUUCUGGCUGCAAAUUUUUCUGCUACAGUAAUGUAGUCAGCUCUAUUUCAUUCACAACAAAUUCUACGCUGCAAUUUUACAGGAAGACUCAAUAACUUUUUAAUGCUGUAAAAUAAUCAUGUUCAUUCUCCCUAUAAGAACAGAAAGAAGUUUGAUGGGCAAUUCAGGCUACAGAACAUAAAAUAUAAUAAAAUGGCUAGCAACUGCAGCAUUCCAGAGGAUUAUUUUAUGCUGCAUGGCCACAAACAUGAAUAAUAUGAAUUACAUGUAUCACAAUAGUGUUGUGUGAACACAUGGUGGACACUAAAUCUCAUACAGUAAAAUCCAUCCCUCUUGUAACAUCAUAAAAUGUAUUAAGGGUAGAGAGGAAGGGGCAAAAAGAGCCAGAGGCAAGCUAACUUGGAUCAGCUUGAUUAACUUGGAUCAGUUAAUGGACUGGAUGCUGACAUAAAAGCUCUGGACUGCAUUUUUACUUUCCUCCUUUCUCUGCCAAAUGCUGUGUCUCUUAUGCAUCCUCGUUCAUCUUUAUGCGAGUGAACUCCCUUUUUUUUUCAGAAUGUGGAAGGAAUCUGUAACAACUAUGAACCUAUGCUUAACAGAAAGAAAUCAACAUGACUAAAAGCCCAUUGAUUUCUGUUUAGCAGGUACCAAGCAGUAAAGCAGUAUUUGAAAUGGGACUCCUCCUUGGACAUUAGAAGUUUCUAGUGUAAUAUAAGCAAGAAUUGACAGCAUAUAUUUUUUGACACAAAUUUUGCAUCACACACAGCAUUUGCAUGUGAUUUGCUUGUUUUCUCAAUGUACAAAUACAGCCAUCAGACAGAUACCAUUCUGAACUACUGGUAAACUGGUAAAAAUUAAGCACAAAUAUUAGGCAAUCCAACCUGACACACCCAAAUGAGGAAGAGGAAUCCUUCCAGAAGAGCUAACUGUAUAAAGUUUAUAAGUCACUUAGAAGCUAGAAUUAUUUUCAAAUGUAACUUUGAGGGACUUAAUGAGGGUUUUAAUGGGGAAUGAAUCUUUCUGAUAAAGAUUAAAGGCAUGCACUGUUAUAAGUAGUGUCUAAGCAAAACAGCAUAUAAAAUGUAAAAUGAGAAGUUUGUAGACCAGCAUUUUAUUGACUGACCUGCUAACAAAUAUUUUCUACUGGAUUCAUUCAAUGUUCAAUUGCUUCACAAUAAUCUCUUAAAUUACUCUGCAAAUAUUACUUAUUUGUAUUUCUUCAAGUGACACUGUAACUCUAUUCAGUGUUUUACUUGAAACUUGGCAAAAAAGCAAGAUGCUUCUGGAAAUGAUAGCUGUUUCUUUCUAAAGGUCAGAGGGCUUCCUCUCAUCUAACUUGUCCUCUUAUUGUCUUCUACUUCUUCAGCAACCCAGUCCAGGCCUUACAUUAGUCAUUGCCUGAGUAGCAAAGAAAAUGAAAUAUUUUUAGUCACCUGCUUUUUCUGAAAACUGCUGGCUGUUCAACAUGUUCUUGCCCUCUGAGAGAUCCCUCAUCUAAUGAGAUACUGAAAGUAUAAUAAAGAAGGCCAAGCACAUAAUUCCAGGUGCCUCAUGUAAUUCUUCACCUGGAAAGACACACAUGCAAAAUCUGGAAAAAGAGAUUAAGGGUAGGGGUGGGGUGAAUACUUGGAAAAGUCUUAAAUGAGGUAGAGGUUCUUCUGAUUAUAUAAAUAUCUCUUCUAGUGAACUUACUUUGUUCUAGAAUAAACCAUUCUUUACCACUCAGCCAGAUUUGCAAUGACUGAAAUGUGUGGCUAACUUCAGUGUGAAAAGGUGAGAAGUCAAAUGUCUCUCAUCUUUAUGAAUUGAACUGAUUUCUUCGCUGUGUAAGAGAGCUGGAAGAAGCAAGUAACAUUGCUUCCUCUUCUGAGGGAAUAGGCCAGGUUGCUACUAGAACUAGAGCUGAUAAGGUUUCUAAAGGAAGCAAAGAUCUUAUGCAUCUGACUUCUAUUAAUUCUCAAAAGAUGGUGCAUCUCUGCGGGAACUUGGGGCUCACAGCUUUUGUACCAAUUUCUUUGUGGCAAACUGUCAGACUUCUCAGGAGAGCUCCUUCUCCUUCUCACUAUGCUCAAGACAGUUGUGGCAUCUGCUUUUAACAAUCCCCAGAUUCUUCAAAGACAUUUCCAAACUAGACUGUAAGAAUUUUCCCUGUGAAGAGGAAAAACAAAGGGUAGCUCCAGUGAGGAAUCCAAAGAACCUAGUACAAAUAUUAAAAUACAUAAAAAAUCAUGAUCAAAACUACAAGGCAUUCUCAUUUUGGCCAACAAAUGAGACUUGGGAAUAUAAAUGAGAAGCUAAUGCAGCACCUCAGAUUAAUGAGAGUGGAAUUUAUAAACCAAAACUCUUACUUUAAUGGACAGUCCCCACAUCUGAACUGCUGCUUUCAGUAUGCAGUGAUACAUACUGAGAAGAAUCAGAGAACUGCAUUGAUUUCAACAUUAAAAGUCUUAUGUCCAUUUCUCAAUGUAUACAGCUUAAAAGGAAGGCUAAAAAAUGGGAUUCUGUGAUUAUUUCUACAGAUCUUGCUGCCAAAUAAUCAUUGAAAACCAGUCACUUCUCACAACAGUUGUGUCUUCAGAUGUCACCACAGAGAUCUUACUGAACUGUCUGGAGAAAAAAAAAUAUCUGGAGAAAGGCAGAAAAGCAAUAUCUGUGGCAGCAAGUAAGACAACCAAAAAAAGCUGCAAGCCCAUUCUCUAAGUGCUAGUUGAUACAAUAAAAGCAUUCAAAUGCCUCCAUCCAGCUCAGAUUCCAAAUGUCCUUGUAUCAGAUUCCAAAUACAGACUUCAGGCUCCUCACACACAUAAACACAGAGACACGUCCUCAAAGGAAAAAGGAGUAUCUGUCAGAAGUGCUUGGAACAUCUCUAGCACAAUUACUUGUUCCACUGCUGUCCUACUUGUAAAUAAGGCUGACAGGAAAUAGUACAGCUUUCUGGAAAGGGCCACAUAUCCUUUACUAGAAAAUGCAAAUAUGCACACAAAGAGACUCAGAAUAACGAGUUACCAAAGUGGACUCCUGGCUGCAGCACAGAGGGACAUCAGUGUCACCAUUUCUGAUAGGACACACCAAAGCCACCUACCCACCUUAUCAUUCCUACACUGCAUGUGUGCAAAAGCUCACUUUUUAAAAAAACUAAGGGCAGUGUUUCUCUCUGAAUAAAACAUUCCAGAGAGGGUUAUACAUUUUUUUUUAAUAGAGAGAACAGCAAUCACUGCCCCACUUUUCUUCCCUUUCCAUACUCCACUUUGCAAAUUAGCAAAUGUUUCCAACAUCUCUGCCUCAUCUGCCUUUUUCCCUUUCAAGCUGUUUCCUGAAUGCUGUUUCUGUAUCCCUUGCUGCUGCCUUGUAUACAAGGAUGAAUCCCUGCAACUUGCAUUGUUGGUGCUGUAACAUCCUACAAGGUUACUUCCACUAGCUUUACCUGAAGUGCUCAGAAGAAGAAAGUGCAUGCACACAAUGUUUAAAGACACACAAAUUACUAUGUAAGAAGACAGGAGAAAUCAGGGCAAAAGCAGAAUGCAGGCACUACUGGAAAAAUACCUGGACAGGGAAAGGGUCUAAAUACAUACUCCUCAAUCAGAUUUCACCUUGGCACACCCAAAACCUGUAUCAGGGUCUAGAGCUCAAUUUUGCAAACCUUGCACAACUAACACAAGCCUUGACUCCAGGUAUUCUUUUUGCUGUUGGCCUGAAGUCACACUCUUGGUUAACCUGCCAAUCUAGGCAAUAACAAGCGAGUCAAAACCACAGACAGCUUCAAGCCACAUGACCUCAACUUUAUCCUCCGGGUGGCAUUUGGCCACAGAGGGGGUCUAAUCUGGGUACUUGUCGUCUUGUGAUAGUUAAGAUGGUCCAAGCUCACCAUCAAAUAUAAAACACCACCAUCUUCAAAAGAGCAAAUGAAGAAAGAAGAUCUAUCUGCAAACACAUUUUAAAUCUCUGAGUAUGGUUUUGGCACGGCAUUAUAUUUCCCAACACAAUCUAAAAAUAUCAGGAAUCCUGUGUAGAGUUUGCAGAGCAAAAAGGGUAUGUACUAUAUGUUUCCUACUAUACCUCUUCUGAUGGAAUAAAUAUCAAAUAGAAAAAUCUGUCUAAACUUAUUUUGAAAACUGCAUGGCCAGCUUAUGCAGUAGCUAGAUAUGUGGCAAGGUUACAGUAUUGCUCUCUAAGGAGAAUACAAUUAAUAUGUGUAUAUAUUUUGUUCAAUUCAAGCACUGUGUAGUCUCCAAGUUUGGCUAUGAGAAGUACGGAUCACUUCUCAUUAUCCUUCCUAUUCCAAAACACAGUAUUUAUCACAGAUGUGUACAAUACAGCAGCAUAGCUUAGGCCUGUUAUAUAGGUCAGUAUCUGCAAUGCACAUGAGAACAUAGUUCGCCACUGCAACGGAGAGUGGCUGCAAAAUCUAUUUUGGAUAAUCCAGUUUAUAUUUGAGGAAAUCGAUGUGUGGUCAUUUCUAGAACUGUGAAUAUAAGGCAACUGCUGCAUGCUUGUAUAUUUGAUAAAUUUUAUUAUACUAUAUCCUUAUAUGAAUGCCUAUGCAGUGUAAAUGCUUUAAUAUAAGAUACUGAAUGUUUUUUUACACAUUAUUUUCUAAACAAUGCUAUAUUUUACUGCAUGUUUAUUCAUUUCUCUGUGUUGGUACAAAGUGUAAGCUGCAAGACACAUGAUUUUAAUAACUUGCACAGCAGCUAUUCAAAUGCAUUAUAAAAACGUUCAUACGUAAAGACUUAUUUUGGCAAGAAAUGUGCUUCCUUUAGACAAUGGGCUUGGUUCAAGCAAUACCUGUGUACUUAAUGUUUCUUUAUAAAAAAAAAACCAACACUAUCCCUCAAUCUGUAAAUGGGGCCAUUGACUCUGCUGCAAACCACUGUGUUGGUAUGCUUUGGUAUCUUUAAAAAUGUAAAUCUGCAUUUACUAGGAAAACAGAUGACCUGUCCUGAUGCAAGCUGUAAUUGAAAAAGCCCAGUCCUGAGCAGCCAUUGGGUUUGGUGCUGCAGGAUGACAAAAAUGUAGCAAUCUUUUUUAUUUCUUUAAACAGUUCUUAUGACCUUAAUACAAUGAGUUUAUGUUAUUUGAUUAUGAACUGGGCCCACUGUUUACAGUAUUACUAUUCAUAACCAAAGUUCAAUGCAAUUAACAAAAUUGAUCAAAUUAAUUUGUUUGGAAGAAAAAUGAAAAGAGACUGAUUUUGCUGAUGUUUUGGAAAGCCGGCUUGGUACAGGGUGUUGCGUCUCCACCAAUGCAUUUUAAGUGUAAGGAAUUCACUGGCUGAAAGACUGAUGGCUAAGACAGCAUUGUCAGUGGUAAUAUACUGCUGGAAACUAAGUUACCAA